AUGCAUUUCACGAUUUUCGCUACCGUGACCGUCCUCGCUGCGCUCGCCAGUGCGAUCCCAAGUCAGCAACACUUUGAAUUAACAAAAUUCGCCCAUCCAGGUGCACUUCAUAAUUCGAAAGACAUACAGCGCAUCAAAGCGCGCGUUGCGGCAAAAGAUGAGCCAUGGUUCAAAGCUUUUCAGCAUCUGUCAACUCGUCCGGUUGUGCAGACUACCUGGAAAUCGAGCCCCAAGGAUAUCCUCGUGCGAUCAGCGACUGGCAGUGUACCUGGAAGCAAUCUUACCAACAACUAUCCUUCGGCAUACCGCGAUGCCCACUCGGCAUACGGCCUCGCUCUGCGGUGGUUAGUCACCGGCAACACCAGCUUUGCUAAUGCUGCGAUCAAAACUUUGGAUGGCUGGGGCAGCACGUUGAAGUCUAUCGACGGCAACGAAGACAGGUACCUCGCCGCUGGCCUGUAUGGAUAUCAAUUCGCCAACGCCGCCGAGCUUCUCCGCGACUAUCAAGGUUGGCCGAAGAAGAAUCAGACUGCUUUUGGCAAUAUGCUGAGCACAGUGUUCGCUCCCCAGAACCACUACUUUCUCACCACGCAUGUCGGCAAGCCCGACUUCUACUACGCGAACUGGGAUCUAUGCAAUAUUGCCUCUAUGAUGGCAAUUGGUAUCUUCACUGACAACACAACCAUGUAUAAUUGGGCUGUGGAGACUUUCUUGAAUGGCCUGCCGGAUAGUAGCGUCGUGAUCAAUGGCGCUCUUCCGUACUUUUCGAUUGCGAAUUUCACAGAAGAAGGAAGCGGCAAGACUUUGAUGCAGGGACAAGAGGCAGGCAGGGACCAAGGUCACGCAACGCUGUGUUUCGCACUUCUGGGCGUGAUUGGCCAGCAGGGAUACAACCAGGGCGUCGACCUAUAUGGAGCUUAUGGAAACCAGAUCCUGAAUGGCGCCGAGUAUGCAGGCAAAUUCAACGCCGGGAAUUACUCCGUUCCAUAUACACCCUACCGUAGCUGGGAAGGUAUUCUUCCGGUCGUCGCUCAGAAGCAACGCUUCAGCAUCCGACCGGGGUUUGAGGCCAUCUAUGCGCACUACAACGAUAUUCGGGGCAUGAACGCAUCCUGGACAAAGGCAUACCGCGAUUUUGUUAAUAAGAACCUGACUGCAAAUAUCGAGGGCGGUGGUGGCGAUUAUGGUCCAAACUCUGGAGGAUUUGAUGCAUUUGGCCAUGGAACUCUGCUGUACAGGAUCAAGGGGCAGUAG